AUGUCGUUUCGUGAAAAAGAUGGUAAGAAUUUGUUUAUUUUAUUUUUAGGUUUGAAAAGUGCUCAAUGGAUGUCAUAGAACAUUUGGAAUAGUUCUAUGUUACUAUUUGCUUGAUAAUUGUAAAAACUAUUUUUUGUAAACUAACUUCAUAUUGUUUUAGAAAUUCGGACUAGGUUGAACGCCUUGGCCGCUCAUUAUGAAACAAGUGGUCAACACAACAAAAAGCAAGCACUAGCUAUGGUAAUGCACGAUGUUAUCGAAAGUGAAGUUGGGGCUAUUUCUGUGUUGGCUAGAGCUCAAGCUUCUCAGCAGAUGCACAACGUUAGUCUACCCGGCAAUCAAGUGGAGAAUGUUGCUAGUUCAAGUAGUGUUGCAAAAGGCUAAGAAUGAUCUUUACCAAUGCCUUCUGCCUUGUUCCGUGCCUGUUGAGUAAGUUAUUUCUUAUGUUUUCGGAUUUAGGAUUUUACGAAGCGAAGGCAUUACCUAUAUCAAUACUGUCUUUUGAUAACUACAUUUAAACUUUAGUUAUUCUAAUUUAAGUUUUAUUGGGUGGCUUUAGAGCUAUCUUGUAAGGCAUUAUUUUUUAAGUUUGUUAUUAUAGUAAUUAUUGAAUUGCUUUACUUAUAAAAUUACUUUAGUUCAUCUGUUGUGAAUGUUCUAAGCAACACACCAGUUGAGACCUUGAUAAUUCUUUCUGGAAAACCAAACGGGAACUACAAGAAGGCGACGGAAAAUAUUUUACACAUUAAUCUGAGCUUAUUGAAGUUGUACAAAGAUAGGAUAGACCUCAUCAACUUUCCUCAAGGUAUCAGAAAUGUUGUCUUGAUUGCCAGUCCUCGAUGGUUGGUUGAGCCGGCUUAUGAACUUGAAGUGAGUUGUUUUUAUUGAUGGUUUGAUGAGUUUUGAGACUAUCAGGAUUAUUGUUUUUUAAAUAUUUUAUAUCAUAUAUUGGUUGUCAUGUUUUAUGGUUUUUAGCUAAUAUUAUUGUAGCAAAUGAUGUUAUUUUUAUUUAAAAAACAAUUUCAGAAGUUCUUUCGGUUCCUGUUGAACAAGAUUCCAAAUAGUCGAAUUUUUUUUCUUUGUAUUUGGAGAUAUGAAGAACAUGGACAAGCUUUAUUCACUGGCACACAGAGCUAA